UCAUGGCUACAGAGAGACGAUGUAUGCCGCUUAACUCUGUCUCCAGAGAGAUCUAUUAGAUCCCCAUCUCAAGUCGAAUGUAUGUCUAUUGUUUUAUGGAAUAUCUACGACGACUUGACUACUCCCCAACACCGCGCAUCUGCGAAUACCCAGGAAUCAAUGGAUCCACCUGGCAUUGUGUGUUUACCAUUGUAGGGCGGUGCCAUGCAGUCUCGCAUUGUCUAUGACUGGUAAUGAUGUAGGGCGGUGUGGUGGUGGUGGUUCUGUGUGACGUGUGUGUCAGAAGCUCGCGGUCAGAGGACAAUGACUGUUGACUGUAGAUGUUGACAAGGUGUAGAACGGAGGUAGCACUGUGGUAAGAAUUUAAGCAGCCAUGUCCAGUCGGAAGACACUUCCCGGGAUGACGAGUCAUUCCAUCACGAGGUCAGAGUUUGAGGACGGGAUAUUAAGAGACAAUGCGAGGUUUGACAACAGACUAAACAAUGAGAAACGACACGUAGAAAAGGCUAAGCGGGUUGUGGUUCGUGAGUAUGACAAGGAGAGCCAGAUGCUCAAACAAAAAAUGGCGUCUGCUGCUCAGAGGAAAGCUACGUCGUACUAUAGUCAGACAUCUGUUCCGAAUGGGACAACUGGGAAGAGUUCGGGGUCAAGGGUGAAUACCGGUCGUUCGACCAGACUUAUACCUGACUACGAGUAUAAACAGUACAGGUUGCGACAGAAUAGCGACCAAAACGAUGUCGUAAAGCAGACGACAAUUGAAACAAAGCCUGAAAAGACAUCGAAGGUAGCCGACGACCCACCGCAACAACAAAAUGACGCCGAUGUGACAGAUGGAAAACACGAAGCGAAUGGAAAAACGGAUUUUGAUCUUCCAGACGAGUACGUUUCUACAAGACGGACACGACCCCCUGAAAAUUUCUGGUCUAACCUCAGUGCCCCUAAACACCAUUCAACCGUUCGCAAUGUUAGGGAAAGACUGGCUAAAGAAUUCGGCAAACCUAAGUCCAAGCCUUCAUCCCAAAGGCCAAAUGGUACGGGGCGCCUGCCAUUGGUGCAGGGGACACGUAUGGAUAAAAAGUGAUAGCUAAAACAAUGUGAAUACCAUUAUUUAGUCAACAUACGGUGGCACUACCUCCAGCAGUUCAGCUGAAGCUGUAGCGUACUUCAAAGCGGUUGUGGAUAUAUGUGUAUCCGAGCAUGGUGUUUUUGCUGGCGAUGCCAGACUCUAGUUGCGAUGGUUACGGUGACAGUUUCUCGAUCCGGACACGUGUGAGGUCGGCAUGUCUUUGGAAGGACAUUCACGGAGCCCAUACACGAACAGUAGGUGGAGGGGGCACUAAGGGGAGAUAAUCCACUCUCUAGGACUAAUGAUAUUGUGCACUGAAAGAAUGUCAAGAUAAGUGCGUUUUUCGAAAUGCUAACACGGGAGUACAUCAAACUGCGCCUUCACAUAAACAGUCGCUGUGGAAAGAAGACGCGUGAAAACAAUAUGUCUAAAUGCCUUUAAGAAAGGUGUGCUUGCUGAAAAAAUCCUAUUUGUGAAUUGGUGUUUUGAAGGAAAACGGAUUUCUUGUUAUGUUAUUUCGUUGUCCAUUAUAUCUUUGAAUUAUUGUUUUGGUCUAAAAUGGGCUAUGUAUACGAUAGUCUUAGAUCAGAAGUUCUCAUUAGGUCUAGCAGAAUGUACUAAGCGAUAUAUAUUUUUUAUAAAUUUAGCACUUGAUUUAUUGAUUAAAAUAGUGCAAUCACAAUAAAUUAUUCCAUUCAAAUCUA